AGUUUAACUAGAUACCUUAUAGGAAAGGACUGUUUCUUUCUUUCCUCUCCUUAAUUUGAUUUUGCAUAGAUUGUUUCUUGUUCUCAUCUUCCAUGGAGAGGCACAGUUUGAACAGCAUUAAAGAUAAUCGCACGAGCCUUAGAGACGACAACAACAACAACAAGGUUAAAGACUCAUGGGACCAUAACUACAUCUGCUCUGGAGGGGAUUAUUUAGGUGGGUUUUCAUGGCCACCAAGAUCUUAUACAUGUAGCUUCUGUAAAAGGGAAUUUAGAUCUGCUCAAGCCCUUGGAGGCCAUAUGAAUGUCCACAGGAGAGACAGAGCUAGGCUAAGACAGUCACCUCCAUGGGAUGGUGAAGGUUCUGAGUUUAACCCUAACCCUAAUCCUAACCCUAACUGCACAUCAUCAUCAUCUCAUGAAAGUAGGCUUCCUCCAUUAACAUACAGGUUCCCUUCAUUGCUUUCACCCACUCUUAAUUGUUUCUCUUCGCUGCCGCCUACGGCUUCUUGUGUUGAAGUGAAGACAUUGAUGGAGUCUCUCCAUGAUCCUUCAAGCUCAUUAGGGGGAGGUACCACAAGGAUGGAAACUAGGAAAUCUUUGUUUGGGGUUGGAGAACUGAAGGGCUUUAUGAUGAAAGAAGAUGAGUACAAGGUUGUGAAUACAGAAGAGAUAGUCAAAUUGGAUCUGGAGAUUGGUCUCUGUAGAGAUUCAAAGGAGGACUUGGACUUGGAGCUUCGACUUGGGUAUUCUUAGUUUAGUCUUCACUACUCGUGUACUCCCUAGCUAAUAUUUCAAUAGUAGUUUAGGUUAUUGCACCAAUAGGUUGUUUCUUAGAAGCUGCAUUAACACCUACAAUGAUAGUCGUUUUGUGUGGGAGGUGAUGAAUUGUAGAACUCAAUCUUUGCUUGUAUUGAAUAUUUGUUGAUCUAGGAAUUGAAUACCUCC